AUGCCUGUUCCUUCUCCCCGCACUAGUCAUGAGAUGGCGUGUCCCCCAGCCGGUACCUACCAGUUCCGGCACCACGCCAGGCUACGUGGCCUCAGCCGGCAGAGUCUGCGUCUGCACAGGCGUGCCCUGAACUGCCCGUCUGCCACCCAGAGAGCUGUGCUUGGGUGGUGUGUCUCAGGCCACCCCAGAGAGCUGUGUCUGGGUGGUGUGUCUCAGUCCACCCCAGAGAGCUGUGUCUGGGUGGUGUGUCUCAGUCCACCCAGAGAGCUGUGUCUGGGUGGCUACCCCUGCAGGGAGCUGACAGAGGAAGAGAAGCAGCAGAUCCUCAAAUCAGAGGAGUUCCUCAGUUUCUUUGACUGCAGCAUCAGAGUGAUGGAGAGAGCCCUGGCCCAGGACUCAGACAUCUUCUUUGACUACAGUGGACGAGACCUGGAUGACAAGGAGGGGGACUUACAAGGCGGUUCCAGUCUGGCCCUCAGUAGGCUAUUCUAUGACGAGCACUGGUCCAAACAUCGAGUCAUUACCUGUCUGGACUGGUCCCCUCAGUAUCCAGAGCUGUUGGUGGCGUCCUACAACAACAACGAGGAUGCUCCUCACGAGCCUGACGGUGUAGCUCUGGUCUGGAACAUGAAGUUUAACAAGAACACACCUGAGUAUGUCUUCCACUGCCAGUCACCCGUGGUGUCAGUGGGCUUUGCUAGGUUCCAUCCUAACCUGGUGGUGGGGGGGACCUACUCUGGCCAGAUAGUCCUGUGGGACAACCGCAGCCACCGCAGAACUCCUGUACAGAGAACCCCCCUCUCAGCUGCAGCUCACACGCACCCGGUGUACUGUGUGAACGUGGUGGGAACACAGAACGCCAACAACCUGAUCACCGUGUCCACAGACGGCAGGAUGUGCUCCUGGAGUCUUGACAUGCUCUCUCAGCCACAGGAGAGCAUGGAGCUGGUGUACAACAAGUCUAAAGCCGUGGCUGUGACAGGCAUGGCGUUCCCCACUGGAGACGUCAAUAAUUAUGUGGUGGGGAGUGAGGAGGGAACCGUGUACACCGCAUCCAGACACGGCAGCAAGGCGGGGAUCUGUGAGAUGUUUGAGGGCCACCAGGGGCCAGUGACGGGCCUCAGCUGUCACAACGCUGUCGGCCCCGUAGACUUCUCCCAUCUCUUCGUCACCUCGUCUUUUGACUGGACUGUCAAACUGUGGAGRACCAAGCACAAUAAACCCCUCUACUCCUUUGAGGACAACGCUGACUACGUCUAUGAUGUCAUGUGGUCCCCUGUGCACCCAGCUCUGUUUGCCGCCGUGGACGGGAUGGGCCGUCUGGAUCUGUGGAACCUCAACAAUGACACAGAGGUUCCCACAGCCAGUGUGACCAUUGAGGGAGCCUCCGCCCUAAACAGGGUGCGCUGGGGGUCGGGGGGCAAGGAGGUUGCCGUMGGUGACUCAGAGGGCCGUUUGUGGAUCUACGACGCAGGAGAGCUGGCAGUGCCCCACAGUGAGGACUGGGCACGUUUUGCCCGUACCCUGAUGGAGAUCAAGGCCAACCGGGCCGACGGCGAGGAGGAAGGGCCUGUGGAACUGACGCCAUAGGAUUGAACGAAUCACUGCAGGAUCCAAUGGGAUCAGCGAGCAUCGCCAGGCACACUGGGCGGGUCACUAGGCGAUCCAGCCCAUCAGAAGGCUUUGUUCUCACACCUUUAUGACAUGAUUACACACACCUGUCAAAGCAGCAGCAUGUGUUUCUAGACCCCGCCCCCCGCCGUCUCUCUGUGACAGCUACGGGUCGUGUUCUCCUGUUCAGCCUUUGCUGACGCAUGCCAGAUCUUACAACACUUGGAUAGGCAUUUUACGUAUCAGCUAACCACAUCAUAUGUUAUAGUAAUCUGGUGCCCGACUGCACAGUCGAUGAAGUGGCAAGCAACCAUUGGUUGAUGCACGCAACGUCUGAGCAGGGGAACACGACCACUAUUCCAGCAGUGUGUUCAGGCUACAACGUGCUUUCUCUCUACUGUAUUAACAUAACUGUUUUUGUGUUCAUUUAUGUUAAUAUAUGUUAGUCGUAUAAGCACCUCGGGCCUCUUUAUAAUUUACUAUAUUCAUUAUUUAUUGAUUCACUUACUGUAUGUGGUCAGUUGUCUUACAGUGCUCAGAACCUAAGUGAAUCCCAUAUCCAAUCAUAGGUCUUACUACAGCUGUGAAGCGCUGUGAAACUAGCAGUGAGAACAGUUCGACAGGGCCUAUAGGUCUCUAUGCUGUCAUGUUACAGAAGUCUCAUGUUCACGGUGCUUUUGUUGUGCUUCUCUCAGUAUCCAACCCCCUGCGUGCAUGCAACACAUUUAUAGGUUCUUACAGCUUCAUAGAUAUGUUCUAAUAUGUUGUGGAUGUCUGUAACUGCUUUAUGUCAAUGUUAUAGGGCUCUAAUGUGAGGAUUAUUGCACUGUCCAUGGCUACAGGCCUAAGAAACAAAUUCUAGUUUAGCACUUUGUUUAGAGUGUGUUCCCGCUGUUUAUCAUGAUAUAUCUGCCAAUAAAUCAUGGCUGAAGAACUGUU